AUGCUCACAAUCACAAUCAUCUCCGCCAUCUUGGCCUUCACUCCUAUCGCUCUCGCCAGCCCCGUGGAGAAGCGUGACCCAGGCAACUUCCGCCUCUUCGAGCACCACUACUUCCAGCAGCAAUGCGGACCCGAAGCCUGCACCGGCGGCAACGACCUCAACUCCAUCAGCAUGUACGUCCACGACGACUGCAACGGCGGUGGAUGCGAUGCCAAACCCGCUCCGAACCUCACUCCAGGCGAUAGCUUCUGCGACCUAGAGUUUACCGUCUGUGGUGAUCGCAUCAUGCGCCUUGUGAGCCGGGGGCCUGAUGAUUGCAAGGCUAUGAGUGACCUUAGCGAGGCGAAUAAUGGACAGGCGUAUGCGACGUUGGUGGAGGGUGAUACGGAUGUGGGGACUUGCUCGGUGGACUUUUCGGUGCAUAAGACUUGCAGUGUCUUUGCUGGAGGGUCGAACAAUGAUAGCCAGGUUUAUUGUGCUUUCUUUUAG